AUGUCAGGGGGCGUUGGUCCAACCUUCAAUGACAUAAGCCUUCCAGAGGAACAAGAACAAGACCUAGACCUAAAAAAGACCCAAAAAGUUACCCCUUCAAUCAAAGAUAGUUUCUUGAGCUUCAACCAACUAAAUGCUCUUGCUAUCAUAAUAGUUCUUGCUGCAAGUAGUUUGGUAAGCCUUGAAGACUUUGCUUUCGUUAUCUUUUCAAUCAUCUAUAUGUACUUUCUCUCUAGAGUUGCUUUUUCUUGUGCUAAGCCAUUAAAGGACUCGUUAGUUUUUGACCCCAAAAGCAAGAUUUUAUCCAUCUACGUGUCUGUUGGUGCUGUUAUUGGUCUCUGUCUCCCCAUAGCUUAUAUCUUUUUAGGAAUUUAUGAAGGUGAUAAAGAAGGGAUUAAAGCAGCCGCUCCACAUCUUUUUCUCCUAGCAAGUCAAGUUUUCAUGGAAGGAGUAGCAUUUUCGGACAGGUUUGCAUUACCUGUACAUGUUUUUGUGCCUGUUUUCUAUAAUUCCAAGAGGAUUUUCACCGUUCUCGAGUGGUUGAAGACUGAAAUGUCCAAGGUAGAAGAGGGCUAUGGAGGAUCUCCCAUGAGGGUAUAUUUUGGGAGAGCUCUUGCUGUAGCUAAUCUGGCAUUUUGGUGUUUCAAUCUUUUUGGCUUUUUGUUGCCUGUUUAUCUUCCUAGGGCAUUUGAGAAGUAUUAUUCUGGGUGUAAUAGUAAGGUUAAAGAUUAA